AUGGCCGCUGCUUUUGUGGUACUAGAUGAUAUCAGGCUGGUGCUGGUGUCUGGGUCUCUACUUGGCGACAACACACAGGCCGUGGUGCUGGCUUCAGACGGGUAUGACACCCCUGGUGGUCUGGCAGUGACGGUGACCGGAUGGGGAACCACUUACACUGACGCGCCACUUCCCCACAUACUACAGAAAGCGGACAUCAGUAUUGUGGAUCCGCCCACUUGCCAGGACAUGUUCGCGAGCAUAGACACUGUUACUGAGCGGCUGGUGUGUGCUGUUUGUGCCUCUGGUCAGCGUCAGCACCCAGGUGGGCAUCGUCUCCUGGGCAAACCUGCAAUUAUAAAUAGGGUGCGACCCCAGCAGCCUGCAGCCACCGCCUCCAGAAUGCAGCGCCUCGCCCUCUUGUUCGUGUGUCUGCUCGGCUCUGCCGUAGCCUUGCCGGCCCGCACCAGGCUCUGGAGCAGGGGCAACAGCCGCAUCAUCGGAGGAAGCAACGCCAACAUCGCCAACUACCCGUGGCAGCUGUCCUUCCAGUAUGGCGGUUCGCACAUCUGCGGAGCCUCCAUCAUCAGCUCCACGUGGGCGCUGACUGCCGCUCACUGUGUGGACGGUAUGAGCCUCCUGCUGAUGACUUUCAGAGCCGGAUCGUCUAUUCGUGGAAGCGGUGGCACCGUACUGAGGGCCUCCUCUGGCUACAUGCACGCAUCGUACGACAGCGACACGGUGGACUACGACGUUGCCGUCGUUCAGGUGUCUGGAUCCCUGCUCGGUACGAACGCCCAGGCCGUUAGCCUCCCAUCCGACGGCUACGACCCAGCCGGAGGCCUGGCCGUGACCGUCACUGGCUGGGGAUCCACGUACACAAACGGCCCGGCCCCGAGCAACCUGCAGAAGCUGGACAUCAGCAUCGUGGCGCGCUCCACCUGCCAGAGCAUCUUCGCCAACGUGAACACCGUGACGGCCCGCAUGGUGUGCGCCGGCAGCGCGGGCCAGAGCGUGUGCAGCGGAGACUCGGGCGGCCCCCUGGUCAGCGGCAGCACGCAGGUGGGCAUCGUCUCCUGGGGGGUCAGCCCCUGCGAGGCCAGCCCCGGCGUCUACGCCAACGUCGGGAACCUGCGCUCCUGGAUCCGCUCUGCAGCAGGUGUCUAA